GCUCUUUUUUCCUUCGAAUUCGCGCCGGUCAUGAGGCGCGACGCGCGCUAAAUAAUAUAAAUUAAGAUACGCUAAGAAAACGCGAAAACUCCUCCUCUCGGCCGUAUUGAUUACGGCCGCGUUCGAGAUUACGAGUGUGAUCGGAAAGGAAAAGAGGAAUAGAAGCGAAGAAAAAGAGAGAGAGAAAAAGAAGAAGAGGAGGAGGAGAACAGUGGUAGUGAAGGAGGAGGAGCGCUUUAGUCCUUGAUACUAGUCCGCUAACAAUCAUAGUGAUAGUAAUAAUACCGCUAGGAGUUAAUCGUACAACAGCGAAGAAAACGCCUUCCGCCGUGACGACGGCGAGGUGGGAGGUGGAAAUAAAUAAGCAACGUAUUUGUGUCUUAUGGCGUCUGACUCCGCCAACCGGCAAUAAAGCAGGAGGCUCGAGGCGCGAACGAAGGCGCGAGAGACGCGUUUUCCUGCGAAUCCUUACGCGCGCACGAAAGCACACGGUGCGCGGCAAGGGGGCCUAUUUUUUUUUUGCAAGACAACAUGGAACCUGUAUGGGCGACCUCGGAAGCCAACCUCGCAGCCCUUUAAGCAGUUUUUAACUGUGCGUUAAUGUGCCACGUGGGCUCUUGAAGCAAUUUCUCUGACCGUGCGCGCCGCCACCGCGGUGUUUUUAUCCUCUUAACCACGAGUACGAAAAGUAUGAAUAUAAGUAAAGUAAAUAUAGAAGGAUUACUGAUUAGAUGAACAAAAACAAACGGAUAUAAACAAAUAAAAAAGUAUAUAUAUAUAUAUACACAAUUUAAGAACCUAUUUAAUUAUAUAUUCCUAUAUACAUAUACAAGGAACACAUGUACAGGUAUUUUAUUAGGUCCUUGCAAUUUUGAAACUCACCCUCGUUGAAUACAGAGAGAAAGAGAGAGAAAGAGAAACAGACGCGAGAAGAGAGCGAAGAGAUUCGGUGGAGACCAAGAAAGGUGCUUUCUCGCGCGUCGAGCACCAGAAAGAUAUUUUUCACUUGCGUCGAAUCCGUGUAACGAGAGCGGUAAGAUGUCCACGAUGAGUGUCGUCUCGAACUCUUCCGUCGAGGUGGACUCGGAUUCCUCGAACGACGUGUCGAGCAAGGACGACAGUAGUGCCGACAGAAAGUUCAUCCUACGCAACGAGCUAUACAAUAGUUUGCUGGCGAGCGCGUUAGGCAAGACCGUGCUCAACAGGCAUCUCAAUUUCAAAGAGCAGGGGAUUAAUUUCAAUCUCGCGAACCUGAAAGACAACCUGAACGCGCUCGGUGCACUGAAGGAGUUGAAGGACCUGAAGGGCUUGACUGUCAGCAGCGUGCCCGCCUUCCCGAGGAACUUGGCUCUUCAUCGGGAAGAUCAUGAUGAGAAAACCUCGUUUGCAUGGUCGGAGGGUGGCGAAGAAGGCGGUGGUGGCGGCGGCGGCGGUGGCGGUGGAGGGACGGGUGGUGGGACAGGAACAGGUGGCACGGGCCCAGCGGCCGCCGGAGGUGGCGGACUGGCCCAUUGGGUUAGUGUUAUGGCGGAGCACAUUCACAAUCCGCAUUCGGCCACUGGCGUCGGUGUUCAUCAUCAACAGCAAUCCCCACCUCAACCGCCUUACCCGUGGAACAAUGGCCUUUCCAGUGACCAAUGCGCGCCGCACGACAAGGAAAGCGACUAUUGGGGUGGCGGCCGGGGCGCGAAACAAGGUUACGAGCACUUUCUGUUGCAGGCUAAGAUGAACGCAGAUCACGGCCAGCUGCAAAAAGGUGAUGAGCAGUAUCGGGGCGCCGGUGGCUCCAGCAGCGGAAGUCCACCUGCAAGUCUGUUGGUGGUGCCGCAGCCUCUCACCGUUAAGCCUUCGCAUCCGUCGCAUCUAAAUCCACAUCUCGGUGGGCCUCACUCGCAUCCACCGAGGAAGUACCAAUGCAAGAUGUGUCCUCAGAUAUUCGGUAGCAAGGCGGACCUGCAACUGCACACACAGAUUCACAUGCGCGAGGCGAAGCCGUACAAAUGCACGCAGUGCUCGAAGGCGUUCGCCAACUCCUCGUACCUGUCUCAGCACACGAGGAUCCACCUGGGCAUUAAGCCGUACCGCUGUGAGAUCUGCCAGCGGAAGUUCACCCAGCUGAGCCAUCUACAGCAGCAUAUCCGCACGCACACCGGCGACAAGCCGUACAAGUGCCGGCAUCAGGGUUGCACGAAGGCGUUCAGCCAAUUGAGUAACCUGCAGAGCCACUCGCGGUGCCACCAAACCGACAAACCGUACAAGUGUAAUUCCUGCUACAAGUGCUUCUCCGACGAGCCGAGUCUGCUCGAGCACAUACCGAAGCACAAGGAGUCGAAGCACCUCAAGACGCACAUCUGCCAGUACUGCGGCAAGAGUUACACGCAGGAGACGUAUCUAGCCAAGCACAUGCAGAAACACGCCGAACGUACCGACAAGAGACCGCCAAUCAUCGGCACCGGCCUUCGACCGUCGAUACACGCGAUGACCGCCCACCACCAAGACCAUUAUUGGCCAAAAGUCAGCCCGGACUCGGUCAUCGGCGACUUGCACGACAGGCUGCCACAUCAUCACGGGGAGUACCACCAGAAUCAGAAUCCGGAGAUGCUGUUACCGGGACACGGGCCGGGCCACCGCGGCGAGUCGAUCGAAAACGACUCGAGGCAACAGACGCCGCAACCAGGCGCGAAUCAUCACCCCAACAGCAGCUCGGCCUUCACGCCGAUCUCCUCGAUCUCGAUCAACUCGAUCUCCUCCAUGCAACACCCCCUGAAUCCCCUCAACCACCUACACUAUCCCGGUGGGCAUCAUCCCGCGUCACGGCCGUAUCUCUACGAGGCGUUCAACACGACGCAGAAGUCGUCGCCUACGUCCUCGUCGUCCGGCGUAGCGCCCGGCACCACUAGCAACCAGAACGCUACGUCCUUCCCGAAUCAGCUGAUCAGCCUCCACCAGAUCAGGAAUUACGCCCAUCAGCCGAACCUUGGCAAUCUCGGCAACCUGGGGAAUCUGGGGAAUCUGAGCAAUCUCAGCAAUCUCAGUGCCACGAUGGAGAGUCACGCGCUGUUGGGUGGUCUCAAGGAGAAGCAGUAACUUCGGCCGGACUUGGAGAUUAGCUUAAGAAAGCACACGUUUUCCACUACGCUCCCAGUCCCUUAGUUUCCCCCUUUUCCUUUUUUUUUCUUUUGCUUUCUGUGACGACACGACGCGGUUCACGCUCGCUAUUCCCGCCCAACCUUCUCCUUUCCUCUCCUUUCACUCCGCUCGACUCGAUCGUCACCCCUACCUACCCCCAUGAUCUCCUCUUUUACCCGUCUAAUUUAUUUUCCACAAGGUGACACGCGCGCGCGUGCGCGCACGAGCUUCACAAAAAACGAGACCUCCGAGACUUUUGGCGGUGCUCGCUAGUGUUUAACCUUGUUUCGCGUGUGACGCGCGCGCACGCGUGUGCAUACACACACAUACACACACACGCACGGGUACGUAAGAGCGACGGGAAGAUCUCAUCGUGAUCUUCUAACGGAGAAAUGCGUACGAUGGACACCGUCACACUAGAAAAUAGUUCUUGUAUAGAGGAGAAAGGGAAAGAGAGAGAGAGAACCACUCCGAAUCACGGUGAAUUCGGUCGACGAAUACGGAUCCCGUAGAAGUCACGCGUCCGCGCCUCACCUAUGCUCAAGUUGUUUAAAACUAUUACGUUGUUAUUGUAUAAGAUGAUAAUAAGGCAAUGAAUAAGAGAAGGGGCGAGGGGUAAUAAAAGGUAUGAAAGAACGUUCGAGGUAUAUCACUUUUCUUGCUAACCGGAUUCCUUUUGCGAAAUGACAUACGACUCGCCGACUCUGGGCGUCCCAAAAGUGGUGAGACGAGAGGAGAACAGACUAAGAGAAAAAGAAAUAUAGGCAAACACGUGUACGCGCGACCAAGUACACCGAAAAAUUUCAUUGUACACGCAUACGUACGUUCUGACAGGGUGAUAAGGUGAAACGUCUCGUAUCGAGUGUAUAUCCGGCUGAUAUGUGAGAAAUGUGAGGUAAUGAAUGGAAGGAUAUCCGUCGUUUCGUUACAUUUGGGCACGUAGAGAGAAACGAAAGAUUCGUGCGAGAACAAAGGACAAAUGAUGUGAAACAAGAUAGAUAAACUACCGACCCCGCGCUUUAAAUGUGAUUUCUUUUGCCUAUCCUUAGUUUCAUUGAUUAUAUUAUUAUUAUUAUUUUAUUAUUAAUAUUAUUAUUAUUAUUUCGUUUAAUGAACUGUCACGUUAAAAUAAAGGCGAAGGAGAGUUUCUCGACA